GCUUCUGUCUGUCAUGAAUUCACCAAGCUUUUGUAGAGAGCCUCUUGACAUGAAGCAGGACAUGAAAGAAUGCCCAAUCUGUCUUUGCUGCUUUCCAGUGAAUGAGAUUGCCCAGCAUGCAAGCCUGUGUGGUGAAAGACCUGAGGACACUUCCACUCACAUGACAGAUGUUUAUGUCAGUACUGACUCUGAGUGCAGUGUGCCAAGCAACAGAACAGAUCCUUUGACUGAUUUAGUCAGUGAAGCAGAUGUGCUACAAUGGCUUUCAAGUCAGGUGGAUACCAGCAAAGACUUUAGGAUUUGCAUCACUCGGAAUGAUCUUGUUAAAAGAGGCUUCAUUCAGUGGCAACGACAGAAGAAGGGUUCCCCUGUCAACAAACUCCACCUGACUUUUAUCGGAGAAGCAGGAAUUGAUACUGGUGCAUUAAGCAAAGAAUUUUUGACUGGAAUAGUGCAUGGUAUUGAGACUCGACUGUUUGAAGGCAGUGGCAAGAAGGGAAAGAGUCCUGUCUACUCUAUCAGUGAUUUAGAAAAUAGUUUCUACAGAACUGCAGGAGAGGUGUUUUCAGUGAGCCUUGCACAGGGAGGUCCACCACCAUGCUUCCUGAGAAGCUGGUGUUAUCAGUUUCUUGCAACAGGAAACUUCGAUGCGCUUCAGCUGACCAAAGAUGAUGUGGAUGACACUGAAUAUAGGUCUCUAAUUGAAAAGGUGGAAGUGGCAGACAACCUGACAGACCUCACUGAAGACAUUGUGAGCUGUGGUUACACAGGACUUGUGAAGCUGGACAAACGGGACAGUAUAAUAAGAUCAAUUGUUGUGCAUGCUACGGUGCGUCUGACUCCAAUGCUACAGCAAAUCAGAAAUGGCAUGAAGAUCUACAACCUUCUGGAGGUGAUUGGAAGGCACGAAAGUCUCUGUUCAAACCUGUUUGUUCCCAGAGAUGAAAAUGAUGAUACAGCGCCGGAUGCUGAUUACAUAAUGAGCAUCCUUGAGCCUGAGCUGAGUGAGAGGGGAAGUCCAAGGCAUGCCAAAGAAAAUGCCAUCAUCAACUUCUUCCAAGACUUCCUGGAGAAUCUUGAAAGCUCAGAUCAGGAUAAAGACAAAAAGAGCUGUGAGUAUGGGAUCCAAGACCUACAGGACCAGGACCAGGAAGAACACUGGGAUUCCAAACACCAACCACCCAGAAUGUCUGUCCCAGCGAUUAUGCAGUGGUUAACUGGACAAAGACACAAACCAUGA